CUGAUAUUUCAGUUUGGGAAAAACACCACUUCUCUUUCUAUAAUCUGCACAACUAAUCAUUUUGAUUCAAGAUUCAAAAUCCAAACAGCUUCAAUUACCCAGAAAAACAAAACAAAACAAACAAACAUCAACGCAGUGCUCAGUGUGCAUUGGUGGAUAAUCUACACAACUUCAUCACCUCAGUCUAAGAAUAGUUACUCUUUGUCAAAUAUUAUUUAAAGAUUAUUCAAAUACAAAUGAGAGUUGCUUAAUCAAAUUGUUGCUUGAUUAGAAGUACUUCAGUACAUGUUUUUAAAUAUAUACAGUACAUACAUGUGAGGAGUUUUUCAUUUGUAUCAAUUUUGGGAAUCUUUUGACACAAAAUCUCAUCCUGCUGACUUGUGACUGUCAAAUGUGUAAUUUAUGUUAAUAUUUUAGGUGGAAGUUGUAAAAACAGGGCUGUUGUUUAAGCUUCUUGGCAGACACCUACCCACUCAUCAUUUCUUUCAGGCAUUAAAAAUUGACAAGGCACAGAUUGUUGAUCUUGUUACUUGUGGUCUUUCUUUGCUUUGGGUAACAUGAAAAAGCAUUGAUUUGAGUUUCAGUGUAUUUCGUACAAGUCUUAAGAGCUUAUAUUGUUUGAACCGACCUUUAAAAAUCUCAAAAUGUUGUUUUUCACAGUGAAUGGGUACAGUCAAAGAUGUAUGGGUUGUAUUCUGCCGAGCUAAGUUUCUUUGGGUGACAAUAACUACAACUAUUAAACUUACAUGCUACAGAUUUCAAGAUUUGUAGCUCCAUAUUAAUAAGAACUAAGAUGAAAACAAAAAUAAAUACCUAAUGACCAGAGGAAAUGUCAGUCAGGUUUCAAACGGUGAGACAACAUUCACAUUUUAUCAACAUGUCAUUUCAAUAGGUGCCAUAUGUUUGGUCUCCAUUGAAACAUCCUUCAACAUGGGCUUGUGAUCGGAAUAUGGGAGUUCGGGUGAAGAAUCGUCAUCUGUCUCUGCUGUUACUAUUACUAUCAGCACGGAAUAAACUGCCUGAUCUGAGUGUCUUUUGUUCUACAUUCAACCAUGGAGACAUGUGACAUACAGGUAUGGAAACACCACUUAGACAAAUCAUAUGCAAACCCACACAAACACAGUUUGGUUUCUUUCAAAAAGGAAGAGAAAUUUGAUCGGCUGAGCAACAGUAAGAAAUAUGAGCAUUUAUAAAAAUGUAUUGGUCCCAAAAGUAUGAUUCUGUCCUUAAGAUGUAGUGCAGUCAAAAUUACUUUUACUAAAUUUAUACUAUUUUGUAGGAAAUUAUCUUAUUUUUUCAGAUAACUUAAUAUAGAUUGUCAGAGUAAUACCAAAAAAGCCUUUAUCAUUAAGUUAAUAUUGUCAUUAUUAUAUUAUCCUGGUAACCACAACCUUCAAGGGCAACAAGACUGUACCAUGGUAAGUAAAUACAGCUCAAUUGAAUCAUUGGUGGUAGUAACAGGGUUUCCUCAGCUCAUUUAUUGGGCUACAAGCCAUAAAUCCAGUGACAUCAUGUAUCCGGUUCCUCCCUCCCACUUACUAUUUCCCUGGAACACAACUGGAAGGAAACCAAGGAACUGGAGAAUAAGAGUUACAUUUACAAAACACAACACUGGGGUAAAAACGAAAGAUUCAAAGUAAUGUGGGUUCUGUGGUAUUAAAAUUCAAACACCCAUAUUUCACAAAAAGACGGAUUGUUGGCUGUCCAUGGUGGACAGAUAAUUUAAGGUACCUUGAACAGUUAGAAGGUCGUUUUAAUAUCAUUUUAAAAUUUACCAGCCAACAAUCGAUGAUCUUACAGAUGAGGUAAAAUAUGUCUAAGUUACACAACAAAUUAAGAGGCUCAUUUGAGAACAGAUGUGUCGAUAGCUUUCAUUCAAAGACAUGAUAUGGGCAUUUGUAAAUUUUUACAGGACUGUUUUUAAACUCUUGGUUCUUAAAAUCCAUUUUGGUUCCCAAACCCCUGCUCCUUAACUUCGUAAAACUUACUACUUCAGCAGAAGUUUUAAUUCUGUUCCCCCACAGUGAUGUCGAGAAGCUGCAUCAUUUCUGUAGAAAUAAGAUGGUCAUUAAAAAAAAAGGUGGGCUCUCUUUAAGGCUCUGCGCCCUCCUCCAUUUCUCUGCGCGCAGGAGGAGGAGGAGGGGGAGGUGAGUUGGAGGAGCAGGGAGGGAGGUUGGGAGGGGUGAGCGUGCGCCCUCGGCAGACAGUCAAGCGCAAAAGACACACGGCUCAUCCGCUCGCCUCCCCAUUGACGUCAGUCCGGUAUCACAUGAACGAGGAAGGACCAAUCGGCGCUUCGCUGCCGUAGAGUGCUGGCUCCUUCACACCGAGAUAGGGGAAAAGACUGAAUAAAAGGAAACCGAGCCAGUGAUCUUGUAAUGUCCACGAAAGCUCUCAGAGGAGCCUAGACCCGCCGCCAUUGGAUAUUUCUCCAGUUUUCUCCUGAUCCUCUCGUGGUCCUCGCUGUGGAUUAUUGUGUUUGGCACCGGGGUGGACGGAAUGGAUAAGGCCAUGGCCCUAACAUAUUGAAUAGCUCGCUGGUGGUGGGGAGGGAGGCGAGACGCGCACCGUGGAGACAAUUCAUGGGGCAUUGUGCGGGGAGGAAAAUGGUGGAUUAUUUGCACUGUAUCAUAAAAACCCUUCCCCGCGUGGAUAUCCUGCUAUAGGUCGCCGUGUUGUGGCGUUUCUGCGCCUGUCUUGGCCGAGUCUUCAUUUCUGAGGUCGUGUUAUAGCGGUAGGUAGGUACCCCCUCCCUUCACUCCCCCCUUCAGCUCUCGAUCCGAACGACCUUACCCGUAUCUUUAUUUUGUAAAGCCUACAUGUUGAAGUUUUACAUAGCGACCGCUGUCUGACAGAAACAUUUGGAACCAAUAAACCGCUGGAUCACAGGACUAUGGAUUUCAACAGCGGCGGCGGAGGAGGAGGCAACGAGCUGCACAACAACCAGUUUUAUCAGUGCGAGGAGAACAAGCCUCUGCUGGGGGAGAUGUCGGAGGGGAAUAAUAACACCAAGCUGGGCGCAGGGCCGUGCAAGAGGUCCCUGCACCACAGCAGCAGUGGGAUGCGAUACAAGCUACUCCACGAGGGGGACAUCCAGGUGUGCGUGGUCAAACACCCCCGCACCUUCCUCAGCAAGAUCCUUACCUCCAAGUUCCUGCGGAGAUGGGAGCCGCACCACCUCACGCUCACAGACAGCAGCCUGACCUCGGCCACGGUGAGUCGCUUUCUGGCCUCCUAUGUAUGUAAGAGCGCGUCUGAGUGAGUGAGUGAAUAUGUGUUUGACUUCGUGAUAUGUUGUGUUUCACAUUCCACAGGCAGCUUUGGUGUUAGUCUUUUCUUGUCUGGACGCAGCAGACGCGCGCUGAGAUUACGCACAGUCUGUUGUUGACGCAGUUUACAACAGUGUUUCUGAUAGCAUCGGCAACACUGUUGAUGUGGUCCGAGCCCCUCCACCCUCCUCAUCCACUGCUCUCCAUCACUCUGUUACUGUGUGUGACCCACAGAUCCACAGUCCUCACAUUGGGGCGCAGAGGAUGCUCUAGGCCCUCUAUUGUGGAGAUUCCUAAAGUGUGCGCAUGUGUGCGUUUAUUUGGGUCAGUGCUCUGCUCUAGGAUGCUUCCAGCAGGUUUCAACUCUCAAUUUAAAUUAUAGAUCAGCGAAAAUCUCCUCUGUUAGGCUUUGGAAAUAAAACCCAGCUGCAGGGGGUCAAGGGGGGCUGCUGUGUGACAUGGCACCAGAAGUGGACUCCUGCAGCCUGCAACCACAGAACAAACUGGUGAUCAUGUGUUGCCAUUCAGCAGACUAAUGCAAGGAGAGGUUGCAGUGAGAAAACUCAAUUUUUAGUGACCUUGGCAUCAUUGUCAGUCAAAUAAUCAUGAAUCGUUCUUCUCUUUUGUGAGUUUAGUAGCCUGUAUUGAUCAGCUGCCAGGCCUACCUGUCAGAUACCAAGUGUCUCUUAUAUAUUUAGAUUUUUUUUUCCUCUCUGAAGCUGACUGAUACCAAAAGGUGUGGUAUCUGAUACCCACAGCAUCAGCACAGUGGUCAAAUAACAGCUGUUUACUUGUCACUCAACAUGGUGCAACAUGAUUCAUUGCUGUGAUGGUUUUAGGCCUGACUCAGGUUUAACCACUUGUUAGAUGAAGAAAAAAUAAAAAACAGAAGCAUGCCACAGAACUUUUGAAAAAAAUAUUUUGUUUCAGUCAGCUACAACAAAUUUGUCACCUCUGCCACAGAAACCAUCUUGUCACAGGGUGUUUCCAGAAUUUCUUUAAUUAUAUUGCACUGGUGUUAUUUUUGAUCAUCAUGUCGUAAAUGCUAGAAUUAAGUUUUUCUUUUGCCCAAUGCAAGGUUAAGUUGCAUCCGUAGUGGUCUUAAACGUCUUAACCGUCUCUGGUGGUCACACAGUGCAACUUGAUAGCUGAUAUUUAAGGCUGAAGUUUCUUCAACCCAAAUUGGAAUUGAACAAGGGAUCCAUAAAUACUGAGCCUCAGCCAAUAUUGGGGGCCAAUAACAGUUUUUUUUUCCUGUAUCAUUUUAUUUCGCAGGUCAUAGAUAAAAGAAAUACACAAGUUUGGUUUCCUGUCCUGUCUGUCUUUCACUCUUGAUCUGUUUUCAUUUACCAUCUAAUAUCCUGCCCACAACGCUAUGUCGUUGGCCAGAUUUUACACAACUGUGACACAAUUAUACCGUAACUGGAACUGGAGCCAGUUCACUAUUAAUGACAAAGGGAGUUUCAGAGUCCAGUUAACAUGAACUAAAGGCUAAAGUGUUGUGUUGGUGUCUGUAAUAUUCCAAAAAUUACUCAUGUCUUUAUAGAUUUUUAUUGACAUAACCCUCCCUCCCCCUCCUGACCACCUAUGAAUUCUGAAACAUCAUUAAUGGUAAAAAAAAAACAAAGCAAAUAUAAUUGACAGAUGAUACAUUCCAUAAUGACUGCAAAUUGCUUGUCUACAUCCACAUGUUUAGAUGUAUGAUACAUAUCUUCAUAUCAUUAAAAAUACAAAAAAAAUACAUCUAGCAGAAAAGAGGAAUGAAAAAAAAAGAAAAGAAAGGGGAUUAUUGUCUUACUUUGUAAAUACUACAGCUGAAGUUGAUGGGAUAUCAGGUCUGGUUUCAACAAAGUGAGGGGAUGAAAAUUUUGAUUUUGCCAUAAAUAAAUUUUAGUUAAUAUCAACUAUCAUUGUCAUAAAAUACUAAUGAUGAGUAUCAGCCCCAUAAAAACAAUAUCAGUCAAUUCCUAAUCAGAGACAAUCCAAAUUAAACGAUUUCUGUAUUUUAAAGGGAAUUAAAAUUUGCUAUUUUCAUCGCCUAGAUUAUCCUCAUUGUCUGUACUGCAAAACUAGCCCCAAACACUGAACAUAUGCUCACAAUACAGGAAUAAUCAUAGUCACCAUGUACUAGACACCAAGUACUAAACUUCACAAGACUCAGGUCUGCCGGAAUCGGAUGUAAUUGCGGAAUAAUUCCAAAACAACAAAGCCUUUAUUUCCUCUUCUCUUAUUGUCAACACCUCUGACAUUUCCACAAAGCCCAGCCCUAUUGUUUUAUCAACACACCUUGUUAGAGGUUUUUUGGAUGUUGGCCUAUCACACCCACACACAAUAUGAGUGUGCAGAAAUAUUUACUGCAGGGUAAAAUGUCUUGAAGAUUGUUUUCGUUGAAGAAAACUCUUGUUGAAGUACGUUGGGAAAAAACCCACCUGAACUUGGCCUACCUUACAUGGAUUUAUUGAUUUUCAGUUUCUUGUUCCUCAAACAGUUUCGUGAGUACAUUUGGGAGUAUGUAUCAAACCUAAAUUUCUUCACAUCUAUAUUGAUUUGGUGUUUAAUGAUAAUUCAUACAGGUUCCCCUUUCUUUUUUUCCAUUAACAUUCAUUGUUGUUUACUCCUGCACACCAGCCUGUUGUUGUGUGGUGACAUAAGUAAAAGGCACCCAGAGAGGAUGUUGUUAAUGAUCAAUGAAUCAACAUGCUUGGGUAGAUAAAAGUUGAUCAUGAAGCAUUAUGUAAUGGAAGCUUCCUCUUUGUGACUUUCAGUGUAAACAUACCAGAUUGCUUACGAAAUCCUCACCAUUUCAUUAAGAAAAACACAAUCUGUCUUCACUCAACUAAUACAUCAGCUAAUGUUAUGGAUAUAUUAAUAACAGUUUUUUUUUUUUUACCAGAUAUGAAAACUAUUUAAAGGCCAAAUUGAAAAAAAAAAUAGACAAUGCUUAAGGUAUUGUGCAUGAUAUCACCUAGUUUCAUUCAUAGUGCUCACAGUAUCUUCUGCUGCUCAUAUAGCAGAUGAUCACACUUGUGAAAACAAUAUUGUAUAGAAGAAAAUUCCAGUUGCAUUUAUGCAGUUUUUGUUUUCCUGUGACUUUAUAGCAGGUAGCUGCUAACCAGGGUGGAUAAACCUACUGUGUGCUUGGGUGAGAUACCAGAACUGACUUGAUGUACUUAAUGGAAAUCUCCCCAUUAUUUCUAUUUUUGGGGUGCACAGGACAAGAAGAACAUCAUAUUGAAAUAUAAGCCGUACCUGGAGGAUGAAAACGUCUAAGCUGCUAAGACCUCUAUUUUAUAUUUGAAGAAGCAUGUACAAGCUACACAUUUACAAUACUGACCUAGAGAAGGAAAAAGAUGCUAGUGGUGCUACAGCCCCCAAAACAGUGAUGACUAGCUUUUAGCUCAACUAAAACUGUCACUCAGAAGGAAAGGAAAGAGUUUAUUGCUUGUUUUGUGGUGAAGGAGUCCACAAAAUGCUUCUUUAACAGAGUAUGAGGCCAUCCAAACAGCAGAGCCGAGAAGAGGACAUUAAUCUAAAAGCAGAUUUUCUGUUGGUUUCCUGGAAAAAUACAGUACAGGGAUGGUUUACCAACAAUGGUGUUAGAGAGACGGAGAAUAGGCUGUGGUCUCUUAAGAAGACGCUGCUCUCAGCACUUAUACUUCCUUGUCAUUGUUGGAAGUGACUAUAGAGCAACUGUAAGUGCACAAGGUCAGCUCUUACAUUUGUUUCAUUAAAUAUCAGGCACCUGAGUCACAACAUGCAGAGAUAAGUCUUUAGACCAUCGCUGCCUGUUCUGCCCUCUGUCCUCUUAUUUUAUUUGUGUGUUUACCCACGUCCAGAUAAAGACAGCAGCGCACACACCACUGUAAUAGGCAGGACUUGGAUAUUUGCUUGGCUCUAUUUGUUAGUAUUUAAAGUUAAACUAACCUUCAGCGAAAAAAAACAAAAAAAACCUUUCUUUUUUAGGCUCUUUCUGUUGCUGUUCCCAUUUUGUAUUUGUAUUUUCAAGUAGGGUGCAGUGAACUUGGCUAAAUGUCAGUAAAUUUUUAUUGAUUGUGAGAAAGUGGGGCAGAAUACGAACUUUGGCCAGUCAACAGCAGCCCUCAGCGACAGCCAGGAAAUUAUCUCUGUGGGAGCAGGGAUUAGGUCAAACUCAGUAUUUCUACAUCUCUUAGAUCAGGAUUCAUGGACAGUGGGUUUUGUCCCAGAACGGCCGUUGCUGUGGUUUUAGUUUUGUUUUCUUCUGAAUUUGUUGGUUAAGGUUUAUUUUUUCACUUGGACUCCAUAUCUGUUUACUCCAAAACAAAUUCAUUAGGGUUUCUAGACACUGGGAGUUUAAAGUUUUGAAUAUUAAAGCACAUACAGAUUAAUAAAUGCCAGGCACCAGAUAUUUCUCUGGACUGUUUGUCAUUAAGAGAAUGGCAACUGGUGAUGUUUUUUUGUUUUUUCCAUCUAAAAAUUAGGCUCCUCCUUUAGGCUCUUCCAAGCAGUAUCUUUCCAAGAAUCUCACAUGCUUAAAGUAGCUGCUUUAUUGUCUUUGCUUCAAAGAGCCAAUAGGUAACACCCACUGUCUGCCUGAGACCUGCUGUCAUAAAUUAUCCUGUAAAACCUUCAGAGACUCAUGGAAAUGCUGCUCUGCAGGUUUACAUUGCUCUCUAAGUCUUAUGUCAGAUGCCUUAGGUCCUGGAUAUUUUGUUCACGUGUAAAAAACUUUGUCUAAAACAAAGUCUGUCUCUGUCCUUUAAUGAACCAGAAGCUGCUUUGUAUUUCUGACAGGAGACCAAUUCUUUUUAUAAAAACGGAUGAUGCUCUUUACUUUGUUCUCAAAGUCAUGUUGGUGAUUUAUCCAGAAAAUAUCAGUGUAUGCACCGAUCACAUGUCUUGUUGGCCGGUCGACGAUGUCACAUAUUCUCCUCUCUGUGAGGGCUGAACUAUGAGGAAGAGGGUUUUUCUAUUCAGGGUGAAGCAUGAAUGUGCAUUUCCUGAGAGGAGAUGUUGUUGUGCUUGGUGUCGAACUGAGCGGUUAUGUGGGUAGGAGAACAAUGCUGACCCGUUUGCUCUGCUCUCUCACAGAGAGACCACUUCUUCCAACAAGGAGGCAAAGAGCAUUGACUCUGCGUCCCCAUCAACAUCCCCACACACGACGAAUUACUGAAAUGAUUGUGAGAAAAGAGCUUUGUGAAAGUGCAAGGGGCUGCCAAGAGGGAUCAUUAGUUUCUGUUACAAAAAUCCCACAAAUCCGGUUAAAGCAAACUGUUAAAUCCUGCUAAUAUCUUAUUUAGAAAGCUGUAUUCAAAAUGGUUUUAUGUCAUUAAAUCAAGCGCGUAUUUAUUUUUAUUUAUAUAUUUUGACUGUUUAAGGAGGAAUUAACACAUGGGUGAAUGCUAAUUCUCACAGAAGACACAAGAAGCGGUGACUCACUUUUCUUUCUUUUGACAGACCUGCCUGCCACCGCUGCAGUCUCAUACCUAACCUACAUCACAUUUGCGUAAGAAGGGCGCCAGUGAAAGCAAACACUUCCUGUCUUACGCCUGGCUCACAAAGGGCUCAAGAUGAAAGGAUUCUGGUCUUGUUGUGAGCAUGAGGGGCUCUUCAUUGGCAGGAAGGCGACAGACAGGAUCCUUUUAGGAAUCAAUAAGGGAAACUGAAGUGCUUUCUGAUUAUGUAUGAAGCCUGAAGUGUCAAAUGAUCACUUAACAACUAACAAGGUACAUCAGGCAUGUGUUUUUAAUGAAAAUACUUUUUUCGUUUGUGAUCAGUACAUUAGUCAGCUCUAGUUUUACUUUUAUUGAAGAUCUUAUGGGGGUUUUAUCAGCGAAGAAUAAUCAACUAACUUGCUAAGGGAGAAAUUGAUAUGAAUAAAACAGCAAAAUGUUCAUUUGCUGCUUCAUCUUAAGUGUGCUUCUCUGUUUGGCUUCAAAUGAAGUCUAAAAUAACUUACCGAGUGUGGAGAGACUAAUACUAUUCAAGAGUGUUUCGCCCCCCCAUCCAUGUGAGCAGUUGAUGCCAAAACAUUGGAGACCCACUCGCACUUCUUUAAUUGGGCAUACACGGCCCAUUGAAGACGCCACCUUUACACUUCUUGUUAAUACAACAACAUUUUCUGCUCUGUUAAAGCCUGAUUGGUCAUUCACAGGUGGGUGCCAUCAGGUCACAGCUCUCAAAAACAAAGCAGAUAACAGUCAGAUGUCAUUUUGUCAUUUGAUCUGAGCAACGUAAUAAAAGUUUGAGAGGAAGAAGAUCUCCAUUUGGCGGUGGGAAUCACGCACCAGUGUCUCCCCCCUUACAAUGUGGGACAACAUAGUCAUUCUGUAGAUGUGAUGUGGUAGGUCGCUUAAGUUUGAAAGGUUUGGAAAGACAACUUAAGUUGCAAGAAUUUUUAUUGCAUUUUCACAAGUUCUGCACUAAAGGAAGUUCAAAGAGUAUCUCCGUUGUUAUCAGCCUUAACAUCUUUACUCUUAACCCUGUUUCAGCACUAAGCCUGCAAAUUAUCAUGAACAUGAUUAGUGUCUUCACAUAUAAGGAAGAACAUGAUGCUGUGUAUUUCACAUAUUCAUACGCACUGUCCUGGUAAACCCCGUCUGCUAUUACUCACUACAACGUGCGUUAGUCAUGUGGAUGUCACUUUUUAUUCAAGUAACACAAAUGCUGUUUUUUUUCUCCUUGUGGCAGUUAACUAGCAGUACAGCUCAGCUAGUGGAGCAACACUGCACCGCAGCUUUGACACAACAUAUGUUUGGCAUGUCAAGCCUACAAAUAUAUAAAAACAUUAAUAAGAACUUAAAAAGAUGAUUGCUUUGUUGCUAAUCUGAAUCCAAAGGGAGAUAAUUCUUAACCCUACCCUGUUUUACUGCAGCCACCAAACCAAAAAAGUAAGACUGUCGUUGAUACCAAACUUAAAUUACACAGAGGAAUCUGACACUGUGUGUGGAUAAGGAUAGUGUACAGGGCAAAGACUAUAUAUGGAACGGGCAGCGUCUGCCUCCUCAUUGGGUGAAGCCACUCCGUGAACAGCACCCUCUGGUGACGGGCUGCAGUCAUAAAUCCUGCCUCCACCAGCCAUUUCUUCGCCCCCCUGCUACGAUGUUGACAUGUAGUUACAGUAAGACUGGUUUAUGCUCAAGUCCUCUUUUUUUCUGUGCAGCUCCAUUUUUAAAAGUUAUUAGGGGUUUCAUGUUUUCUAUGAUUGACACUUAAAACAGCGUAUUGGUGUACAAAGAUUGGGUAGCUCACCCGGGAGAUACGCUGUUUGAGCCACAGUGACUCUUUGCGACUCUCCUGCCGAAUGCGUACAACGCUACUGCGCAAUGUUGGUUUCAGGAAGUGGAGAAAAAACACGGAAUUACCGAGAGCUUUUUGGCUUCAAAUCUGUACACUGGCGGAAGGCGGAACCAAGUUGUCCGUACUGUAUAGGGUCUAUGGUAUCGGGCUGGUAGUGUCUUUUUCUUUGCUGAUGCAUAAUCAAGGGAUUUUAUGAAUAAAGUUUAUAUCCAAAUCAACUGCUCCACACGUCACUGAGCAGAAGAGGCACAAGAUAACUGUCACCAGACCUUGUUGCUGGUAAUGGUUUAAUUAAAACAGAAAAAAGGGAAGAGAAACAGCAUGCAGUGAGAGCAACCUGUGAUCUUGUACACACACACACACACACACACACACACACACACACACACACACACACACACACGCUCCGAGACACGGGGGGUUUGGAAGGCUCUGGGCAGACCUCCAGGACAUUCUGCUCUACGUGUUCGUAUACAAAUAAUGGAUCCUCCCAACGCUGUUUGAACAAUGCAGCCAUUAGGCAAAGAUUUGAGUUACAGCCGGGAAUGAUAGCGCUCACUGCCAAAUUGAUUUACGAUAUUUAGAAUAGAGUCAUUUUGCCCUGUUAUGUGUGUCAGUGUGUGGUGGAUGAAGUGAAGACAGACAAAUAACAAACAACAGAGUAAGGAGGAGAAAAACCAUGACAGGGAUGGAGACUGCAGCCCUUCAAAGGUUAGCCUCCUUUUAUAUCACUGUUGAAAGUCUUCGAGGAAACUGUGUCUUGUUUUUAAGUCAAAUGAAGACGGCUGUUGUGCACAGCCACUUGGAACUAACAGCUGAUAUUUUUCAAGGCCUUUAUUGCGUAUUCUGGGGUGUAAAUGACAGACUAACAGGUCAAAGAAGGUUGGUACUCCUUUUGAUAGCUUUAGCCAGCAGCAGCCGAACAGGCUUUGAUCGCUGCAUCACAAUCAUGUAAGGCAAAUGCACCCAGCUUUUAAUCGCGCAACUUGUAAGGUGAAGCUGAAGACCCUUUGAGUGUUAGUAAGCAGUAUGACCGUUUUUUGGUGGGCAGGGCUUAGCUAGAGGCAUAAGACAUGCUAACCAGCAGUAGCUAGCAAGUUGUUUUUGGCUGGUUUUUGAAACCCAUACGCCCUAAAAUGCCAAAAGUGAGUAAUGAUAGUCCUUGAUACUGAGGACUUCAUCCAUCCACACAACUGUAUAGGCUACAUGUUGAACAAUGUGUGCACUGCAUGUGCAAGCAUUCUCAAUAACCCCCUAACCCUAACCCUGUGCUCUUACAGCACUCUUAGUUAGGAAUAGUCCUUGUCAUUAUCACUUCUUUAUCACCAACCAAUCAAAAUCAAGAAGGACAAUGAUGCCUGAUAUCAGCUUUGUCAACAACAAUGGUUCAUAUGAAGGAGAAACGAAACACACUCCUUUUUCUGAGGCACAAUUUCUGCUAACCAAUGAAAAUGAAGCUUUAAGAGUUUUUUUUUAAAACAGACUUUUCACCAGUAAUGGGGAAGAGAGAGCACUGCAGGUGACUUUCAUCAAACUUGCAUCAGGAGGCUCUUGAGUGUAAGAAACACUCUGAAAUUAAGGUCAUGGGCUCUAUGAACGCAAAAGUAUUGUAAUAGUAAUAAUAGUAGUAGUAUUGUUUAUGCCAUGUACAGGUGGAGUUUAACUAAAGUAAAAAGAGACAGUGUAAGCUCAAAUGUUUUGGUUUUAUGAGAAAUACAUAGCAUAGCUUCAGAAAAUUCAAUUUUUUUCAGCUAGAUGAUUGCUAGAGACCUUAGUUUGAAUUUGAAUUAUGGACUUGAAUUUAUUUAUUCAACAGGAACAAUGCAGUAGUUCCAUAAUAGAGAAUGAAUCUGACAUGCUGACUUGGUAUUGGGAACAACCAGAGUUUCAAAAGGGGGAUGUACACAGACAGAAAUAAAGAUCUGGAAUACAGUAUUUUACAAUUUAUAGAGGGGUCAGUGAUCAAGUUUUGCUUUGAGAUGCAUUAGGAUCCAUACGUGAAUCAUCCCAUCCAACGAACUGCAGUCAUAGAAAAAUUAAUAAUCUUGAAAGACAGGCUAAAGAAAUACAAAUGCAGGCAGGAGACUGUUAAAGAGUAAAGUUGAAACACUGUCAGGAAAGGGUUAAAUGAUAUUUAGACCAUGGCAUCGAGUAGAAACCACAACUAGAUUAUGUGAACCAGCUGCUUAUCAUGUGCAACAUAUUAAAACUAAAACAUCAAGUCAAGAGCAGUCUUUUUUAUGUUGGCUGCCUUUUAAGUCACUUUUCACUAUUAAUUAAAACAAAUAAAAUAAAUAAAUAAAAAUUAAUAAAAAAUAAAGCAAAUAAAACUUAUUUUUCUUGUAAUUAUUAUUAUAAGCUAAACUAAAAAAGGCAGGACAUGGCAUUUUGCAUAGACAGCUGACAGCUGGGAGAUUUCGUGUUACUUAACGAUGUAAAAAGAGAAGUGCUAGUAAUGAGUGAUCCGGCCCCUUUUUACUGACGUCUGAAGCUCAUUCACAUGUGGCCCUGUCAGACCACAAUGAGAUACAAUGAGAAAUGAAACUCUGGCCUAACUUUGAAUGUCAAACUUCAGUCUAGUUGAAGCAGACUCUAAUUUAAGAAAUGGCCCAACUACAGUUUGUCUUUUUCCAGCCACACUCUAAAGGCUUAAAUUUAGUGUGUUACGCAACAACAGUUGUUAUCAGUUCAGUUUUAAUUUGCUCAAAACUAAAGGGAGGGAUGCGAGACAAUGAGUGACGAUGAACCUUAAGACGAGCUUAGGCUGAAUGCAAAGUAACCAUCAUCAGUCUGUGUGAAUUGGCAUGCAGGUACAUCAAUGCAAACUGUUUUUUUAUUUUCACUUCCUGCAAAAGUGAUAUUUCCUAAUUCAUUGUCCUUUUCUUAAUUUUUACCUUCUAUUUAGUUUCACAUAUCGAAUAGGUAAUUGGUACAGAAAGUUUUGGAUUUGCUUCAAUACUCUUCUGUGACAUGCAGCUGUGAGACAGCUGUGACGUUGGCCUUUGGAAUGAAUGCACUGGAAGUACUUGCUUGUUUUCUGCACACAGUAAUGCUCAGACUGCAAUUCAGAAUGUCUGACAACAUUAUGGAAAGGAUCAUGGAAGAUUAAGAUCUUUUUUUUGUGUGGCUAAAUGAUUCGUUUUAAUCUAAAAGAGCCAUUUGAGGUUCACUUUAAAGCCACUGGACUCCAAAGACAAAUAAACCAGUUUUGUUUACAGCAGACAGGAGGAGCUGCUCCUCUGCCACUUAUCCCUGAGUUUGUUUGUAUUUCUGAGUGGCAUUGUUUUUAGGCUUAUUAUACGGAAGAUUCCUUUUUUGUGCUUUGAUGCCGUUUUUAAGGCAAGGGUAGUAAGUAGGUAGUGAAGAAAACUGGAAAGCAAGAGUGAGAAUGACCUUCCAUUCUAUAAAGCACGGAUGUAGUCUUGGUCUCGUCAUCAUUGGUUUCUGAUGAGGGGUUUUAAGGCCAAACAAUGUAGGUCACUAUACUGGAAAUGCUGACUCAGCCGAACUUUUGGUUAACCUAAACACAUGCAAAGAGGUGGAGUUGUGGCAGGUUUUAAAGCUCCUGGCAAACAACUAAAUCACACCCAUCUGUGAGUCAACUCAGCUAUGCCCUUAUUAUGCAAAACUAUGCACUCAACUCCUGGGGCUCUAUUUUGGUGCCUCGCCGGAGAUCUGCCGCAAGCGCAGCGUCAAUCAGAUCCGCCGCGCUGACAAGGCGUUCCCAAGCACAUUUUGGUAUUUUGGUGAGCCGCGCAGCCCGGCGUAAGUAUCCCCCCUCCCUAACUCAGCUCCUCCCAGCACCAUAAGUCGGAGAAAGGGCGUGUAGUGAUUUUAACAAAGCCGAGACCUGUUUUCACCAAUCACAUAAGCUCCUCUCCUUGCCUUUAAAUCCGCCACCGGCGAGGCGUAUUACUAUUUUCAUGAAGUAGUCAAAGAGAUCAAGAGAUGUCUUAAGACAGUAAUGCCACAAGAUGGCGACAGAGGGCAGCUGCUCAACAAGUGUCCUCCACACUCUCUCAUAUGAGCACAGAUGGAUUUAGUGUGCGUAAUGUUGGUCCCACUGGUAAGACAAACACCCUUUUCCACAAAUAAAGACACUCACAUAAAGUUGCUCAUAUUCAAACCUCACGUGACAAAGGUGGGUUUAGCGCACAGAUCACAACAUAAACUCCAAAAAUGGCAUUAAAAUUGGAACCAUCUGUGCGUAAAUGACGCAUCGCGCUCCGUGGCCUGGCUCUUUCUUUCAUAGAUGUUGGCAUAUAAAAUAAAUUUGGCUCACAAAACUGAAUAUUAUAAUAUCCGUAUGUCGGCUUAAAGUAGAUCACGCAUCUGAGCACUGAAACAAAUCAUCUGUUCAGUCGCAGCAGCAGCAAGACGGACAGAGGACACGGAGACGUGUCCAGGUCGAGCUGUGCGAGAAAUAAGAGGAAGAGGAAGAAAGAAAAGGAGGGAGACGAAUUACAUAUCUUGUUAACUUCAUCAUGUGUGUUUAUUUACUAGAUAUUUAAUUUAAUUUGAUGCGGUUUCAGCUGUGUUGAUUCGGUCAGGUUGUGUGUCCAAACGCGUGCCAAACGCGCUCAUCAGAUCAGAUAUAGAUCAGAAUAUAUCGAUAUAGAUCUAAAUGUAUGUGCUGACUCAGAUUAAUAGUUGUUGAUGAUUAUUUAUUGCACUGAAAUGUGCCUGACACUGUGGAAACCUGCCGGUGAGGCAUCAGUGACGUAUGUCGAUACGCCGCCGGUCUACCAAAAUACUACUAGACCAGCUGCGUUCCGCCUUGCGCUGAAAGCUGACCAGGUUUGAAUCGGCGAGCUUUCAGCGCACUUUACACGCCGUUGGCGAGCACGAAAAUGUCACUGCGCCAGCUGAUUCUGUCAACACCUCCCCCUGCCACACCACCACGCCCAGCUUGGCGGAUCUCGGCUCGCCUCCGUGCGGCUCAUGCCACGAAAAUACCAAAUUGGCCUUACGCUGGGCUCCGCCAGACGAAAAUACAACUGCGCGGGGCUCGCCGCCCUCCGCCGCCUCACCGGCGCGAACGAAAAUAGAGCCCCUAGUCUUAAUACCUUAAGAACUGUUGAGUUUAAAAAUUAUCACCCUUUACAGUGUGUAAUAAGGAAACAAGCCGGCUUGCUGUUAACAUGCUUAUUUCUACCAUAAUAAUGGGCAUCUUAAUAUGGUUGUUGGUUGGGAUCCCAUGGCUUUUGCAGCCAGCCUCAAGUGGACACUCAGGGAACUGCAGUUUUUGCGCAGUGCAUUUGGUGUCUUUUUUUUUAAACGUGAGAUUGCCGCUUAAUGAUGAUGUGUGGGAAAGGGCAGGGGGUCUGACUUGAACGCAGGCUGCCAGCUCUAAGAACUGAAGCCUCUAUGUAUGCACUAAACUUUAACCACUAAAAGCUAUGUGCCUUGUAUUCCUUUUUUUAACUACAACCUUCCCCGAUGGUUGGCACAUUCAAGCUGUAUUUGAAACUGUACCUUUAUCUUCAAACAUAAAACUGAGAGCACAGCUUAAUCUAGUUUUCCAUCAGUUAUUCUGCCUUUCUAAGUGUAGUUUUUGACUUGAUCGCUGGGAGCUAUUGUAACAGCACACACCAGUUUUUCAUUGUAUUGACGGUACUCCAUUUUCUGGUUGAUUUAUGUUGAUUUGUGUGAUUGUUGCUGUGUUAUUUGAUCACAUUUUGGCUGUUGUUGCUGUUGUUAUGGAUAUAUCUGUCUGUCGCUGGAGCCCUUGUUUGGAUGUUUUCUAUUUUGGAUGUUGUUGCUGUUUUGUGUUGGUGAUGAGUUCAAGCAGUUUAAGGCAUGCUGAUGUCAGUCAGUACACAGCUUCUUUGUCCACAUCCCCCCUUUUCUUCAUUUUUAGCUCAGGCGUUGAUUGAGUUUGUCUUUUUCUUCUCUAGUUUAACAAGGAAUAGAGAAAAGCACAUGCAUCUUCAUUCCAUUUCUUCCAGCAGGAAGAGUUUUGUCAGUCUUUUAGCUAAUAGUCAUAUUGCAUUGCAUUUCUCGUGUCAGGCAUUACUUAGUGCCCGUGAGGAAAGUGGGCCAUCACUCUAUAAUAUUAAAAAAAUAAGCUUAAUGCUACAUUUGUGUUUAUAAUCCAAUAUUUUGCUUUUUGCUUAUUGUUAUUCAGCACAUAUUGUUCCAGCAGUGCUUAUCACUUUCAAAAGCCAAAACACAACCUCGAAUCUGAUUUUUGUCCUAAUUUCAUUUGUCUUGCUUGGUUAAAUUAAGUAACAUUGCCAGACAAAGUAGAGGUAAUAAUUUCCUUUUGUUUUCCCUGAAAAUACUGAUUCAGGCAUCUAUACUUGAACAGCACACCAUAUAUGAAAAUAAGAGUCUUGUUUAUGAACAUAAAACUAAAACAGCCAAUACAAAAACACUAAAAUCACAAGAGUUAGUGUCAAGACCAAAAGAUGCAAGUUGUGUUUGCCGCUACCUUAGCUUGUUGGUUGUGGUUGACAGCUGACUCCCAAAGCCUUUUGUAUGACAGCUUUCAUAUUCUGUGCAGUGGUUAAUUCACAGAUGGUGAAACAAGUCAGCUGUUGAGUUGUCUUGAACAGCAGCUGCUUUCUAGCAUAGUCUACAGAUCAGCUUCUUCCGAGCAACAUCCACCCUUUCAAAGCUGACUCAUGUCUUGCAAUAACCUUUAACAACAUUGAUUUUGAGGCCAGUUGGGUUUUUGUUUUGUCUUCUGGCGCAGUUUGUGUUCACUAGUUUUUUACUCCAGUAAAAACUGCCUUGUAGGCAGCUGAGUCUGUUGAGAUGUAGCUUUAUAAUCUGAAAAAAAAUCCAGUUAAUAAAUGGGGAAGGCCAGUACAAUUUCUUGAAUUUAGUUUGAAUCAUAACACUUUAACCCAGAGAAGUUUCUUGGAAGAGAAUGUGCAAAAGGAAGCAGUGUGAAACCACACUGCUGUAGCACCACACAUCUUACUCUACAAAGUGCUCUGUACUGUGUCCUCUGAGCAGGCCUGUAAGGCUUGUUGACAGUGUCUGCAGGUCAGCCCUUUGUUUUUGUCCUCCGAGGUUUAUGAGCAGCAAUUUGAUUGUCCCUUCCAAAUGGAGAAGUAGAGGGGCUUAUCGUUCGGGGAAGUGACUCUUUGAGGCCUGGAGGCUUCACAGAAAUAUCCCACAGCUUCACAUGAGCCCUGCAGUGUGUUUCUCUUACCAGAAGCAUUAAGAUUUUCAUAAGUGCGAUCAAUCCUCCGGUUACAUCAAGGGUCUAUGAACAAACUCGGAGAUCAUAUAACCUCUGAUGCUCGCCAGAUCUAGGUCACUGCUGAAUGUCCUUUGUUUGGGAACUACUGUUGUGUGAUUAUUGGUAAAUAUAAGACCGAUGGGGCACAGGAUGUAAACUGAUAAUGUUUGCUUGAUGACAGGAAGAGGAAAAAAUGUGCACUCUGAUGCCUCCUUAUCCACUUGCUAUCUGUGUUAACAGGAGGUUUGUGGUUGUGACUCAGUGUGAUGCAAACAAACAGUGUCUCCAGGAGGAGGUUUUCACUGAGUGUUCAAAGUGUCUGCAGAUACAUUUUCUUACUUAUAAGCCAAGGCAAACAUUCUGCUUUUUUACUUGGAUAACUCCCAGAUGGCUUUGUCAGUAAGUCAAAAGUGGUAUGCAUUUGGUGUCAAAUGGAAUAAAAAAUUUGAGGUAUUGCUUUGAGUUGAGCUUCCACCUUUGAGGUAUUAUUCCUGUGCUGCUAAUCAGACUGAUAUCUGUGGGUAACCCCAACCAAAAUUGCAACAGAAUGUAAAACUGGUGUUGUAUAAAGUGGGGAUCAUUGAGAGACAGUGAGUGACUCAGUUAAAAUUACCACAGAGUAACUGUACAGCAUAUUUACACAGGUUUUUGUGCUUGCACUACUGGAUAUUUCUUUAUGUGUAACACUGUUAUCCUUCAAAAGGACGUACUUAACAGAUUAAGAAGAACUGCAUCCUACUUCUAAUGUCACGUUCACACCAAGCACAGGUAAAAUAAUUUGCGUGAGUGAAUUACAUGUCAAGUCAAAGCAAAGUUGGAUUAGACACGCAUUUUACUCAGGCAGUGUCAAUGACGUGAAUUUUGCGGUGUGAAUUAAGCGUAGUAUUCUCACGAUUUAAGUGUGUAAACACACAGUAUUGUCAUGUCUAGAUGCAUGCGAAUUAAGCAGAGGGUAGAUGAUUUUGUUUACACUUGGUGUUAACACAACAUCAGCUGGUUUCAGACUUAACUGGUGCUGCAGUUGCAGCAUUUAUAUGAGAAUAAAUCUGCGUGUCCUUAUUUUUCAACAAAAUUUAGCUUAUGUAGGGACACACAGUCACAGAUUUAUAUUCUUAACCAGCCAUUAAAUAUUGCAUUACCAACAUACGCCUUUACUGAUUCUCAGGUAGAAAAUAUAUUGAUGGAAGUUACAUGGUAGUCAUCAUGUGGUCAGCAUGUUUUACUUUUACACUAAGACACACUGCACUAUGUUUACUUUUUGAACCAACUCGUUGUGAUCCCACACACUGUUAUUUGUUCUUCUGUUUCUUCCUUCAUGAUUUUUUUUCAGCACCUUGCAUCUAUAGUACAGAAAUGGUGAAAGCAAGCUCAUUAAUAACCAUCCAGUAAAAACAUUGUGCACUGUGUAGCAGUCUGUCAUUUCAGUAAUAAAGCUGCUCACGUUUUUUCAUGAGUCUUUUUGGCCCCUAUUUUGACAUGAUAAAUGAUCAUUUCUUGGGAAUUUUAACCACGACUUUAAAUAUUUUCUACAUAUUCUGUUAUGUAAGAUUUUGACUUUUGUUGAAAAAAUGAUGAUUCUUUUUCAGGUCAUCCAUCGGUUGUUUUUUAGAAAUUCAGUGGCUGCAUGUAAGGUUGAGAGAUGCAUUUUAAACACAUAUUGCAAACUGGUUUGCGGUUAUGUGUGAAAGGAAACAUAAUUUUUACCUGAAGGUAACAGGUUAAUCUUACAAAUGUGACAAAUUCACAUCAACUGAAGAAUAAGAUCUUGAAACAAAUAGUAGGCUUUUAUGACUUUUGAAUUUAGAAGACUGUAUCAAAGAUGGCUUUUGUCUCAUCAGUGACAGAGCUACUUGUGUCUCACAGAGAAGUCAUAUGUUCAUCUUGUGGUGCACUGAACAUUUUUAGGCCAAGCUGUCUUUUGUCUUUCUUUAUUCUACCUUCUUUUCUUUCUUAACCCUCCAUCAUUGCUUCCUGCUUCUCCCUGGAAACAAACAAAAAAAAAACAUAACAUACAUCUCCAUCCGCUUGUUUCUAUGGCAACACAGCAGUGAGGAGAGGAGACAAACCGAGCUGUAACCUCCUUCAACAAACCCUCCUCCAUGCAGGAUGAAAGGCAGAAUGGAAAGAAACACAGUGAGAGACAGAGAGAAGAGGAGAUGACUCAAGAAAAAGUAGGAGACUGAAGAAAAAAAGAGAUUUACAGCAAGAAAGAAAGAAAAGAAAAGAUGCAGCCAGGAGAGAGAGAAAGGAAGGUAGAGAAAGACAGGCAAUCAGUACUUGGUCGUGUUCAGGAUGGAGUAUCUAUGGUAACCUCGGCUGGUUAUCAGAAAAUUGAAGCUCCCUGUGUUUGUCUCCGUUCUGCUCUGACUCUGUCUGCACCCAAAGCACAUUCAUCUCCUUCUUCAGCACACAACAUUAUAUUCUGCUCUCCAUGAUACAGUCGUUAGUGUGGCACGUGCAUCCAAUUGAAACAUGAUGAAAAUUUUCUGUUUUAGUAGUGAAGAGAGACGCACACACAGAGACAGGCAGGCAGAGGCCAACAUUUACUCUUCCAGGGAAAUGAGACAUCCUGACCAGAACCAAUAUUUGCAAUUCACGUUGUCUGUAAUGACAAUCCUGUAUGAUUGUGUGUGUGUGUGUUUAUGUGUGUGUGUGUGUGUGUGUGUGUAGGGGGGGGCUCAGUUACAGAUGGAUGCAAAUAAACACAACCACCUGACUGCAGAGCAUCACCAGGACAGAACAACUACUACUGUGCUGUGUGUGUGUGUGUGUGUGUGUGUGUGUGUGUGUGUGUGUGUGUGUGUGUGUAGCAGAAAACAAAGGAAGCCUGUUUUGCUAAAAUGCUAAUAUUAGCCUCAGUGAGCUGGAUAUUUAGUUAUCUGUGUCUGAUGUGACAGAUAUAGUUACAGGUAUAGACCCAUCACUAACUUUGGCCAUGAGAUAUUUUUGUUCCCUUAUGGUUAUACAUCAAAUUGAGUAAAGUGCUAGCUCAGGCAGGCCAAAAAGUCAAGCUCAGCCCAAAGUGCAUUAGCUAAUCCUAAUGCCAGCCCAUAUCAACCUUCUAGAUAAGCUGAUUACCUUCUAGGCAUCCAAUCAGCAAAUGUCACAAUACUGUUUUAAUUAAACUGCUGUAGUCUGCUGAAUCUUGCUGCUCCACCCACAAACGGCUUUGCAACCCUUCCUCCACUCCAGACCCACCUUUUCAUGCUUUGUCUGAUUUUAACUGCGUCUUGUGUUUUGUUAGCAGCCGACACACAAGACAGUUAAAUCAGGAGAUAUCUCCAAUAGGCUGCUAUUUACACUCUUGAAAGAAAAGACACAUUACAAUCUGUGUUUACACUCAACUACCAUAGCAUUUCAGAGUAUUUUUUGGAUACUUUUUACAAACAGUUUAAUAGUCUGUCAGAAGAUGACAGCCAUAUCCAGAUGAAACUUCUGCCAAUGAAGAGGGUGAUUUAGUAUCUCAUCUUUUCGAAAUAAAAAUGGUCUCAGAAAAGUGAAAGGAAAAAAUUUUAAUAACUCCCAGAAAGCAUAGCUGCUUUGUAAGAUGACGUCCACGGGGCCCACUUGUGGAUAUACAAUUAGUCUCCCAUCAGCAAUAAUUGGUACUAAGUCAUGUCGUGACGCUAAUGUCUGGGAAAUCAACCAGUGAUUCAUUUACUGCCAUUUCUGCUUUACUGACAUGCACAUGUCUUGUCUCGCUGUUUCCCCAAACAUUUCUCUUUAAACUACUCCAGGGGCUUACAAGAUAUACAGACUUGGUUUCCUUGUGGUUUUCGCUGGGCCUCAUUAUUUUUAUCUGGUUAGAUAUUCAUUUUCUUCCCCCUCCCCCUCCCCUCCUCUCUAGCUCUCUUUCUAAAGACUCUUCUGUUCCUGAGCCCGGAAACUUGUGGUCAUUUGUCAGCGUUUCUGUAAUCAUUUUGAGACGAGCAAACAGGUUGUGGCCUGUUACUCAGUUGCAUCUGCUUCCAGCUUUCACAAUGGAGAGAGAGCCUGGGAUCAGAGCUCUGCAUCACCACACCGGGUUUUCUCUCUGUGUGUGUGUGUGUGUGUGUGUGUGUGUGUGUGUGUGUGUGUGUGUGUGUGUGUGUGUGUUGACUCAAAGCUGCAUCAACAGUGUCUUUCUAGGUGCUGUGUGUGUAUUUGUCUGAUUAAUGGCUUUUGCUAAAUUGAUUUUCCACUUGGUUUCAGAUAUAUUCUCUUCUUCUUCAGAUGACACCACAGCUGAUAAAGAUUAUUAUGUGUGCGCUGCCGUCCUGUUGUAUUUGGAGGUUUUGUUUGGCGUUGUGUUUACUCAGGGCAGGUUAGCCCAGGAUAUGUUUCUUUUUGUCUUUCCAGCUGACUGCCAGUAAAAAUAACUUUCUUUUCUCCUCUGGCUUUGUCUGAAUACACAGUAUGUACUGUAAAUGUUAGACAGUGGCAGACUAAUAUCCUCUUGUUUUCUUUUUCUUCUGUCCAGCCCACUGGCUACAUGGAGACGUCAUUGUCCUACAGCUCCAUAGAAGACCUGCAGCUGCUGUCAUGGGACAACGCUCCCAAGUACUGUGUCCAACUUAGCUUCCCAGGUGGCACCGUCCUGCUGCAGGUAACCUGGCAGACACAACAGUGACUCCUUAAGACAUUUGCAGCUUUUAUAUAAGUGCAAUUUUCCUGGUUAUUUGAAAUCUAUCUCCUCUAUCAUUUGAUCAGCUGUUCAUACAGAUUAGACUAAUACCCUGAAAUAACAGAGUGAAACAAAAACAAAACUAGAAACUAACUACUAUGAUAUUUAAAUAGGCUAGCUUGCUUGCUAAACAAGGUCUGAUAGAUCUUUUUAGGGCUGAUAUCACACUGAUGUCACAAUAUUAACCGGAGGCAAACACAAACUGGCAACACGGGGCAGACGGUGACAAUGGAGUCUUACGUUUCAUCCUGUUGUGUCAAAUGAAAGAAUAAAAAGAGUAAAAAAAAUAAAUUGAAUAAUAAAAGACUCUGUUGAGGACAAUAUUUUCUCUUAAUUGGGAUUGCCGUAAGCGUUCCCAUCGUACACUGAAAAAAAAUGCUUUGUCUAUUUGUCUUUUUUGAUUUGAGUAACAUUAUAUUCAAACUAAACCUGUUCUUCAAUUCUACUAGAAGUUUCCUUGCUGUUAUCUCCUAAUGUAUUUUAACAGUACCUGAGUAUAGUCAAGUUGUAAACAGAGGCAAGACUUCAAAAAAGAACAAAAAUUUUUUUACUUCAAAUCAAAUAUAUCCUGGUUGUAAAUGUGGAUUAAUUUGUAACCAAAAUAGAUUUUGGCAAAAAAAAAAAAAGAAAGUGUGAACUUCAUACCAAGAAUUCAUAUGUCUCAGCUGUUAAAUUAGAGGAACUCGAUGAAGUCUCAUAUCAGUACAGUAAAUCAAAUUUAGUCAUGGAUUUUAUCUUUACUGAUGACUUAAUUAGAAUUUAAAAGUGAAGCACUUCAAUUCAAAUACUUAGUGACACACUUAUUUGAAAUCGUAUUUUAAACUGGUAAAUAAUUGUCAGGUAUGAUAAGAUAGAAGAAGAUUAGAAUAAAAUAUUUCUUUAUUGAUCCCCCAUGGAGGAAAUUUUUUUUGUCACAGCAGCAUCACAGACAAAGUGCAAAAAUGCAGUUAUGAAAAUAAAGAUCCUAAUAUUAAGAACUUAAAUAAAUGUAAUAAUUAAGAAAAAAUUUAGAAAAAGGAAAAAGGGAGAAGAAAAAAAAUAAGAAAAAAAGAUGUAACCAAAGGACAUUCUAGUGCUCCAAUAUUACAGUUUAAGCAAGAGAGACACAAAGAGUAACACAGUAUUAACAUGUACAAAAACACUCAGUCUAUUAAAUUAUAUAAGGUGGAUGAGGGUGACAUGUAAAGAAACUGUGCUUUAAAAUGAAAGAAGACGCAUGAUAAGUUCAGUACCACAAAAAUAGCAUCACUAAUGCUAAUAUUGGCAGUGAUAUGUAAAGGUAGUUUCUGCAACAUUGACCCAAUCCAUGCCCUGGGUAGUGACAAUGCUGAUAAUACUACCUUUACUACCACUGAUAAAGAAUUGACCCAUAUGGAGGCUCGUGAUGAGAAAAGCGUUGCUUGUGAUUUUUUUAUUUUUCUUUUUACUUCCUGCAAAGAAGUGGUUCUAGGGAUUUAAGGUUUCAGCUUGAGGGUGACGACAUGUUAGUGUUGUGAAAGACAUACUGCACACGGUGAUACACAAUUUACAGAGUUACCUCACUGCUGUAUAAAAUUCUUGUUUUUAGACUUCAUAUCUGUGCUGUUUUGCUCAUAAAACAUCAAAAAAUUGCCUCACAGGCUGACACUUGACAGCGUAUACCCUGGGAUUCAAAUGUUUUUGGGGCAUACGGUCUAUAAAGGAAGUGAACAUAACCAAUGUGGUGAUAACGAUUUCAAACUCGGCAUCCACAUAACUUGCUGCAUAUUUCGGUGGCUGAAGUGGUUUAGCCUCAGUACACUCUGUGCUCGCUGAACUCUGAGAGGACAUCCUGAAUUUCUGAGUAAAUCUCAUUUUGUUACAAUUACCAGCUAUUUAAUGAACACAUCUAGUACAGUUACCCAUCGUCCAAUUAUGUCUGAUACACAAUUCAACCCAUUAUGAGUGUUGGGGGUCAACAGUGUAGACCCGUAUCCUCAGCUGUGUUUGCUUAUUCCUGCUGCCAGCUGUGUGAAACGCUGCCAGGCACUGGUUCCUAUAAACAAACCAAGAUCAGACCAAGUUUAUGCACAAGAAGGGGAAAAGAAGGAAAAUCAAGUUUAGUUUCAACCUAGAGAAAGUAAAUGGAAAUUUAAAAUAUACCUGAAUGUUGUGUAAUGAAGAUGGUGCAAACUAGAGAACAAGAAAUAGGUCAACCUCAAAUACCCCAAUGGGAGUGGACAUUGUCUCUGUCAACAUACUGGUUUCUGUGACUGCAGCCGUUUUUGCAUCUGCUGAAACUUUAUCAUCAGUUACUUAACUGCACAAGAAUCUGCUGGUUCUGUGAAUUAGGUUCCUGCUAAGCUGGUUUAUAUUUUGAACAAUGGGAGCAGAAGUAUGAAAUGAAAUGAAAUCAUCAGAUAACUUUCAAUCUUAUGACGCAAAAAGCUGCAUGUUUAUUUUUUGUAGUAUCUACAAUAAUGACUAUAACAAUGAUGUCUGAUUAUAACAAUGAUUAUAACAAAUAGAAAUUUUCACAUGGUAUAAUCACUGUGGGAUAAAAACUGUAUUCUAUCUAAUGAAGUUAGGUUCGACAGUUGUCAUCAUUAUGAGCCCAAAAUGUCUCAUUUAUUUUUAACAGUUUAAAAAGUUGCCAACAAUAAUAUGCUAUUUACACUGAAGUGAUAAACAUGGACGAAUAUAACCACAACCAGCAAUGUAAUCACAAAUCAACUCCAGAACCAGCAGCUGUAUUCAGUUUUUAAUAACAGUGCAUUACUGACGUCACUUACUCUGAGUAUUUGUUGACAAAAGUGAAUCAUUAGGUCUACAUGUAGUUACUCAUGAGGGCAGAUCCGCUCAGAUGGUAAAACAGAGGCUCAUCAGGAAGAGACAGGAAUGAUGACACCCUGUUUCAGUAAAUAAUGGCACGUUUAAAGUCACCUGUUAAAACAUUUUUCAGUGUCCAACAGCCUUUUUUUUCUGCUAAUCAAACGGUAAGAACAGGUAGUGAAAAAGGAACAGGAAGGUCCUCGUUCUUUGUUUUGAAUACAGAGUUUGUUCCCUCUGCGGUUUGUGUCACUUCAUUUAACAAGUGGUAUAUCUGUGGUGUGGAAGAAGCAUGUCUUAGAUGCAAAAAUAAACAUUCCCACUGAAUUUGUUUUUGUUUUCUUCGUUCUUUUUUUUCACUAGUGACUAAUGCUUAUCGUUACGUCUGCUCUUUGAGAAAACUCCCUAAUCUGGUUAGAUAAAUGUAUUUACUGACUUGAAACAGUCAGUCAGGAGUUGUUGGUGUGUUUAUGGAAAAUUUUGGCUAAUAUACAUUUUUAAUAUCAGACCUAAAGUUUCAAAUUGAAUUCGACUAAGAAAAGGGGUUUCAUUUUUAGACAUGUGAAAAAAAAGGAUAUUCUUGGAGGGAUCAUUGGGAUGACUUUUAACACUGUUUGUGUCUUUCUGUGUGUUUGGUGUGUCUCUGUAUGUGUGUUUUUGCUUGUGUGUGUGUUUUGUCAGGCUGCAAAUAGCUACUUAAGGGACCAGUGGUUUCACUCCCUGCAGUGGAAGGUAAGAAUACUGAUUUGUUUUGAGUAUUUAUUCAUCUAUUUCAUCUGUCUUAUUUCCACACUGAGCCUGCCUUACAAAUAAAAAGCAGCCCCCUCAAGAGGAUCAUGUCAAAACACCAAAAUCUGGUCCUGUUUUGUUAUUUCACAGACUUUUAUGAGGAGCAGAGCUCUAAAGCUGUCUGUUUGAGAGCCCUGCUGUGCUCUGUAAGCUAAAUAAAGCUAUUCAAGGAAGUGUGCUCGAGCUAGUUUGAGCUAGUUCUUCCUUUGGCUGGAAAAAAAAUCCAGUGUUUACAGUAUUUGGACUUUCCAGAGAGCACUUCACGUGUUACUGUACCUUGAGAGAUACUCUUUACACAGCUAUGAUGUUAACUGUGUUUUAAGUCUUGACAACAGAAUAGAAACUUACCCCAAAUCAACAAACAUUUUGCAGAACAAAGUGGAAACAAGUUAAAAACAACAACAACAGAGAGGUGCUAAAGAACUGUUUUGAAAGCAGAGUACAAGAAGAGGAUUAUAGUGUAGAAAAUACUGGUCUAGUAGUAUUCAUAGUCUUUUUUUUUUCAACAGAAAAAGAUUUACAAGUACCGUAAGGUCCUUAACAACCCAAGUCGCUGGGACGUGGUGCUGAAGGAGAUCCGAGCAUUGGUGGACAUGGCUCUGACUUCACCCCUACAGGACGAAUCCAUCCACCAGGCUCCACUGCACAUCAUCUCCACCCUACUCGCCGAGGUAGUGACACUCAAACACAAGUGCACUGACACAGGCACUGUUGUUCAAAAAUCUUAUAUGAACUCCUUCCCCUGGCUCUGAAAUUUCCCCUUUAUUCCAAAUGUUAGUCCAUGAAAAAAGCUCAUCUCGACAUCCUUGGUAAUCAAAUGUGAUCCAUUUAGCUAAAUAACAAGGAGAGUAACUAAGACACUUGAGUACUCUGUCUUUUAGGAUUUGUAAUUUUGUUUUGCCACUUUAUGUUCCUGAAUGAAAAGCUAAUAGUCCCAUUUAUUCAACUAUACUUACACAUAAUGAUACAUAUUUGUUAUACCACUAGCUAAAAUUUGCUCCAGCUUUUUCUAGCUGCUAAACUGCCGCACUUAGCAAAGCAUGGUAAAUAUAAACAGUAAAACCAGGAUUGCCCCUCUUAUUUAAGGGGAGAGGCUGUGUUUAAAAACUAGGCCCUGGUUUAAAAUAUGUUGUAAUUUACUUAACUGACAAGUACAAAAAGAUUUAGAUCUACUCCAGCAGAUUUUUAUAGCCAGCAGCUACAGAACAGGCUGUCAUGUCUACAAUGUUACCUUUGGCGGCAUAUAGGCAGGUAUGUCCUCUCUCAUUGGUUUCUUUGGCUGCUUAUAGGUUAUGUUUGAACUCGUUUGCGAGAGAAAAAGAAAGAGAAAGAAAAAAAAUUGUAGCUAUUUCAGUAAAAUGGAACCUGUAGUCUCAAGAUAUGAAGCCAUUUCAGAAGUGCUAAAAACUGCAAUUCCUUGAGUGUCCACUUGAGGCAGGCUCUAAAAGCUCAGGAAGCUACAUACACACCCAUUCUGAAAAGCCCAUCUUUACAGCAAAAAUAAACAUCUUUACAGUUCUGUAGAGGAAAUUAUUUUAGUCUGAGUAGCUCAUUUAUGUAGCCGCACACAUUGUCAUGGGUGAAUUUUAGUUAAUUGUUUCAUGUAAAUGCAGCACUGAGAUGAAUGUCUCUACACCUCAGUGUCAUGUUUGGGUAUGUCUUUGUUUUUGCUGUGGUGCUGCUGAGACUUCCUUAGGCUACAUGCCAAUUGAAGUGCUUGGAUGGCAUUGAUGUGGCUGUGUAUUGACAACCACACCUUUUAACUACACCUUGGUUUAAUCUUAAUCUCCUACCCAAACCUGGUACUUGUUCCUUAUCCUAAAUCUCAAAGAUAAUCCUCUCUUGUAUUCCACUUUAGUAAUUUUUCUUCUGAGGGCAUUUGAUUACAGCUGUUCUCACACAGACUCUUUGUUUUCCUUCUCUUCAUUCCUGCAGAACUCUAAUCUCAGCACUCAGGAUCAUGAGAACAUCAUUGUGGUGAGUAUGAACUUCACUCCUGUAAUAAAGCAGGAUCUUUUGAUUGGUUGGUAAAUUAUUAAUACUAUUGAGUUUACCCUCCUGCUUGUUUGGGGGGAAAAAAAAAAUCGAGUCUUCAUGUGUUUUUGUGCCUGCAACAUUUGUGUGUUUGUGUGUUUUGGAUUGUUCCUGUCAAUGCCCAUAUGGUGGCUGUGUAGUUCGAUGUGGGGAUGUUUGUGUUGCUCACCUGUGGGCAGUUUUACAACGCUCCUACACCUGACAGCCGACAGCUACACUGAUGGCUCUCUGCCAGGAUAAAUAAGAGAUACGAUAUGGAAAUAUUCUUCUAACCGUGCGUGUGUGUGUGUGUGCACGUGUGUUUUCAGGCCAUUGCUCCUCUCCUGGAAAAUAACCACCCACCUCCUGACCUGUGUGAGUUCUUCUGUAAGGUGAGUACAAAUGCUGUUUUCAUAAAUAGAAAAUUACUGAAUUCAUUGUUUUUGUAGUAGCGGAUGGUUCCUGGUACACAUUUUGAAGUGUUACCCGUUGGUGUGUGUUGCAGCACUGUCGGGAGCGGCCGCGGUCGAUGGUCGUGAUUGAAGUGUUCACCCCUGUGGUUCAGAGAAUCCUCAAACAUAACAUGGUGAGAGCUUCUGCACAGAGUGGUCAGCAAUGACGAUGGGAUAACAAAGUAUCAAUAGACAUGCAUUGUUUAUAUUAUCUCUGCUAAGUGUGUUUUAUGCUCUGGUGCUUUUUGAUUUUUGGUGCAGUCUUGUUCUCAAUGAUAGAUUCAGUAGAUUUUUGUGUUUAAAUGUCAAAAGUCUCCCUAACUUCUAAGGAAACCAGGAAACAUUCAAAAGAUGUAACACAAACUCAUAAAAUAUGUCUAUCAGCGUAAAACAAUGAGGAAAUGUCAUAGUUUAUCCAAAGGUCAACUUUACUUUGACACUUCCUGACAUUUAUCCUGUCUUGUUUUUAAGCAGAUUUCCUCAUUUCUGUUUAUUAGAACAGUCUCAUCUUGAUUCAUAAAAUCCCAUAUAGAGGUGCUGGUUUAGCUCAGUAGUUAAGAGUAGAAAAAACUGUAAUAUCUGACCUUAUACAGCGGUCAGAUUCUAGGUGGAAACACUCCUCUGCUCACCCUCCCUUUGGCGAAUCAAUGGUGGACUUUAAGGAAAACCAAUUUGUGUAGCUGUUCACUAGUUACAAAAAUUUGCAAACUGCAUUUAGCACAAAACAUAAUCAUUUGUACAUUCUGUGUGACUCUAGAAACAAGAAGGCGACCUUCAUGGAAAAGGAGCUGUUUGUAAAAGGCUUAUUCCAAGUUUACAAAAACGUAAAACUUCAUGACCCAUGUACAGAGGCUGUGGCGACUAUGUUUUUUUUAGGCCUUGACCUUAACCCUUAACUAUUAAUCUGAUUCCAUACAGAGUUAGUGUAAAAUACUGACGCUAAUGAGACCUUAACAUUUAUCUGAAGGCAUGAUAUGUUAUCAAAGUUACAAGGUUCACUGAGUAAGUAAUACAUCUUUACUAUCUUUUUUUAUUCAUUUAACAAAAGACUGAGGGAUAUAUUCAGAGAUGUGAACAUUGAGAUCAUUUCUUUUUCCAAUUUUGGUAUACAACCACCCUCAAAAGUUGAGAUGUUGUGCAAAAUGCUAAUAAAAAUAGAUUUUGAUGGUUUUCAAAUCAUUGCAACCCUGUAUUACAUUGAAAACAGCGAAAUGAUAAUCUGUCUGCUGCCUUGGAAACCUUUUAAACCUUUUAUCUCAGAAAUCACAACAUCCCUGAAGGAUAAAAUAAAAAACGUGUUGUUCAGAUGACAUAACUGUGUAAAAAAUUCAAAUUUUUUUUUUUUACUCUUUUCAUUGGUCAAUUUUUUUUAAGUGAAUGAUGACUGAGAGCAUUGAUGAAUGAUGUUUCAGAAAAUAAAAUGAUGAAAUCUGGAGAUAAGAGGUUUCUUCCUGACAGAAGUGGAAUGUCGUAACCGGACAGCGUUUUGUUUUCUGUAAAUAUGCGUCAUUUUAAUGUGAUGUCCUUGACAUGUUUCAAAAAUAGGUAAAUUUCCAAGAGACCAGUAAUGACUGUGUAUAUACAGUAGGGGCAUCUAGGAAGCAAAGAUAGAAAUUCACCAUGCAGUGAGAGACUGCAUGAGUGAUUUGGUUCGGAAAUUUCCAUAGAGUAAAAUUGCAUAGAAUUUAAGUAUUUCAUUAUCUCCAGUAGAACAAAGAACAACAAUAAGAAGUCUAGAAAAGAAGGUACAAGGCCACAAACCAAUACUAAACAGCCAUUAUCAAAGCAGCCUUAGGUAGCAUUGUAUUGAAAACAGACGUGACUCUAAGGUGGAAAUCCAUGCAUGGACUCAGAAUCACCUCCAGAAACUACUGCCUAUGCUUACAGGUUUUUUUUUAAAUGCAGGUUAAAGCUAUUGUUUGCGAAUGUUUUCCAAUUUUUGCGCUUGUUUUUUUGUGUCACUCUUGCAGGAUUUUGGAAAGUGCCCUCGAUUGCGUCUCUUCACUCAGGAGUACAUCCUGGCUCUCAAUGAGCUGAACGCCGGGAUGGAGGUUGUUAAGAAGUUUGUUCACAGGUAAGAAACUGCCUUGUGACAUGGAAACAGGCCUGUUAUCAGUCCUGACACCCAGUCUCUUUAGAUAUAAACAUGUAAUCCAGAGUCAGGUACCAUAAUUGAAUAAUUGUUUGGGGUCAGCAUCUUCAACAUGAACCUCUGUGUUGCAGCAUGCAUGGGCCAACUGGGCAGUGCCCUCACCCACGUGUCCUGCCAAACCUGGUGGCAGUCUGUCUCGCCGCCAUCUACUCCUGCUAUGAGGAGUUCAUCAACAGGUCAGUUACACACACACACACACACACACACACACACACACACACACACACACACACACACACACACACACACACACACAGUCAUCUGACUUCCAGGAGAAGUCCAACAAACUGAAUGACCGGUAAAUAAUGCAAUUUAGUCUGUGAAGGUCUAUCCUGGGAAGAACUGUUAAGCCCUAUGGAGAAAGAUAUUCUAUGACGAGUAGAUAUUAAAGAGUGAUGUAGAGUAAAGCAUGAGGACAACCUCAUCUUUGACAGGAUGUACAUUGAAAAGUGUCUGAAAUGCUUAAGUUACCUGAACUGUUAAUUCAGUACUGUUAGCCAGGAAGGUUCCGAGGGGGGAUUUUGAUCAUCUUUGAAAUAUGAUCGGUCAUCCUGUGACCAACUAAACCAUAUGCAAUGAUUGCCCUAUCGAAGUGGUCCUGUGGCAAAAUCAAUAUGACCUUACAUAACCCAGGGUGAUGUAGUUAAAUAGGUAUAGCUAGUGGAAACAGAAGAGAUAUAUGAAUGCUAUGUAUUUGUGUAUAUUUGCAUGUACAUCUACUUCAUGUCACCCACUACUGUUAGCUAACUAAAGGUAAAGUUAGCCUCAGAAGUGACUGAACCACUUGUCCAAUAUGUUAUUUCUGACAAAUAUAAGGUAAUUCAAAGCUUGGGCGCCUGCAGUGAUUUUACUGCCAUAGAGUUGAUGCGUCUCCUCACUGAAGAGGGAGAACUGUUUUUUUUGUUUGUUUGUUUUUUUGGCUUAAUUUUGUCCCUCUGGUCACUUCUUAGUAGCAUCACAUGAUUUACAGUUCAACAAAUUCUCAACAUAAUUCAGGCUACUGUCUUAAAAAAAAACAGCAACUUGAUCACAAAUACUUAAAUUUGAAGAAUUUUUUAUUGAUUCCUUGUUUAACAUUCAGUCUUGUUUGUUUUGUUUUUUUGUUGGUACAUAGGAGAAACCAAACUGUAAAACCGAAGACAAUCAGAGCAUCUUUGCUUUCUAACUGACCUCACUUCAGAGAUUAGCUCUUGAUGGUCAUGUUUUUUCCCGUCUGUGGAGGCUGUUUGUUGACUACAGUUGUAUGAUGUUGUGUAUUUUAACUAAUUAGUGCUAUCCCCCUAGCUUCCUUUACUCCAGAGAGGAUCAUUCUUAGCAGAUUUUUCCAAAACUCCAGCACACACAGGAGCCAUCGCUGUGGCAGCCGUCUCACCUGACUCUCAGUGCAUCACACCUCACUUUCCUCUUCCCUCUUUCAUCAUGUGUUGUUAUUUUUAGGCCUCUUUCCUGGACUUUUAUCGACAUUACCUCUGUUCUUUGCCAACCUGUGCUAUUGAGUCAAGGUUUAUUUGUGGUUUAUUAACCCUUCUCUCGCUCUCCCUGCAGUCGGGAUAACUCCCCCAGCCUGAAGGAGAUCAGAAACGGCUGCCAGCAGCAGAAUGACCGCAAGCCACCAAUGCCACUCCGCCUGCUGCGCCCAGAACCUCCCACGCCACCUCCAACAACCCUGCUCCCCCUUUCUGCCAAUCCCAGUCCUCCUCAGCCACCUCCCCCAGCCCCAUCAAACCCCACUCCAUCCAUCCCCAUCUCCUCCCCCACGCCCUCCCUGCCCCUCUCCCCUCCACCCUCUGUCGUCAACUCCAGCGAGAUCCUGGUGGAGCUGGAGCGAAACAACAACUCAGCUAACGCCAAGCGGAAGGGCGGGCCUUCGGGGGGUGACAGUGAGCCCAACCUCAUCGACUGUCUGCUGGUCAGCCCAGCCGUCAACACCCUGUCCAUCCAGCUGCCUGCACAGGCAGACCGCGUGCUCGGCUGCUUUGCCCUCAUCCUCAAGAUGCUGUGAGUUUAUACAAAGAGCUUUCACUCGUGCCGAGUGUUUAUGGGACAGUCUGAUAUGUUAGACGUGCUUGUUUAACAGGAGUCAGAUAAGAAAUGAUCAAAUACAGACAUGAAACAACAUCCAGCCUUUCUGCAAAACUUAAUGUCCUUAACCUACCUUUCGAGUAGUUCUUGAUCGUUUAAGUUGUUUACAUUUAUCUUUUACUUAUCAGUCUAUCUUCUACUGUUACUCCACUUCUGGAAAUAUUGGACUAUACCUUUGCAUUAAGCAUAGUGUUAGUCCAGGCAGGCCACAAAGCCAUGCUCAGCCCUCAGCUGAUCCCAACGCCAGCCUACAUCAGCUGACAGCUCAGCCAAUUCAGUCGUCAAAAUUCUCACCCAAGCUCUUCCUCUUAAUGCUUUGUCUGAUUUCACAUCUUGUCACAAAUGUCUGUCUAAAUUAAGAAGAAAUAAGAAACAAGAAGUCUUUCUCAUGUCUCUAAAGACUCAUGAACAGAUAUAAGACAAAAGAAACUGUUUUCAGGCUUGUAUGAUAUAAUCCCAAAGAAUUUUGUUUGAUUGAAACUGUAUGCUGUAGUUGGUGAUGAGCAGUGUAAGGGUUAAACAGUCCUUUAUGAAUGAAUGCAUGAGCCCGAGUGCUGAUUACACACAGUGUGAAAGUGGAGCAGCAGUUACGUGUUUGUGUGUGUGUGCGCGCCCCGGCUAGGCUUUAUGUGAGGUAACCACACAGGGAGGCCUAAAAUACAAGAUGUCUGUGAGUCUGCAAUGUUUGUAACAAAGCUGCUGUUACUUAACUGACAGUGAUAUGAUCCUGCUCCAGUUUAUGUUAAAUCACCGCGGCGGGUCUACGUCAUUGCAGUGCUGCUCGUGUUUCAGCGACUUCUUUGUCUUUUUGUUCCUCUGCCUCACUUUUCCAGGGCCGCACCCUCGCACUGUGGUGUCCUCCCUCUUCAUCUUUUCUUACCUUUUCUUUAUCGUCUCUUCAAGGUCGGACUACGAUGACUGGAGACCUGCCCUGGCCAGCCUGCUGCAGCCCAUCCCCUUCCCAAAAGAGUUAGUAUUCACACACACACACACAACUUAUUAGUAAUCCUAUACAAAAAGGGACGCAAAACAAUCCCCAAAUUUGAAUAGCCUGGUUUAAAAUGUCCCUUUUUUGGCUUUAGCUUCCAAAAUUUAAAUGAAACAAAAAAGGAAAUGAAAAAAAGAAAUGUUGAUGCUCUUGCAGUAGCCUCACUUUUUCAGGGAGUGUUUCAAACUGGAGCCUUUUUUUUUUUUUUUUUACAUACUUUGAAGUCAAAAUAUGUAGACAAGGGUGUAAAAGGUUUUGGAUUCACUCAGCAAAGAGGGUGUAACCUCCUGAGCACAGAGAAGAGUGUAGCCUCCAGUGUCUGACAAAUAUUAGCUAUGUAAUUAACAACUAAACAAAUUACAAUUGCACUGAUUGACAGACCCACAUCCUUAUUAGACAAGCAGAACCGGACAACAACAGUGGUAGCAACAUGCUGGUGAAGAUGCUGAGGCAGCCAAACAAAUUUGGACUUUGUUGCCAAGUUUUUCUCCAGGGGGUCAUUUUCCCAUCCCCCCGAGCUUGCGAUUUAAUUUGUAAUUUGGUAAGUGUUAGGCUGCUCUCUCUGUCCUUAAUAUGGUUGCUUGUAUUGGUUUGUUAUGUCUGCAGACAACAGACAGUUGGCUCUCACUACAGCUUCGUUUUGCUGGACACUCAGUCAGCAGAUGUUUACAAAGUUCUCCAAAACUGCAGUAACUGAGUAAAUCUGCUGAGUUAAAAUCUUGGUUUCUUUUUAGAUGAAGAAUUUAUGACUUAAUUCCAUCAGUCUCAUUCAGGUCUAACUCACAUGUUACAUUAAAAUAAAACUGUGCUUAGGAUCACUGAGGAGUUUGUUCAUGACUACGCUCACACUGUAUUUUUGUCUUAAUGAGACUUGUAUGCAUUGAAAAGGGAACGUUUUGCUCUAAUGAAUGCACAAUGGCUCAUUGAAAAGUAUGCAAACAGCACUGGUGCAGGGAGAUGAUGUUUAACAGCAUAGUUGUUUGCGCAGAGGUGGCAGAUAAAAAGCUUCACAACCCUUUGGUGCCUCAGGCCCACAGAGGCCAGACACUCAAAAACAAAAUAAACUGUACAAAAAUGAAUAUAAAGUAGAAUUAUCUGGUUAAAAUUUCAAUAGGUAUCAUCACAAGUUUCUAUUUUGUAUCCUGUCUAUUAAGUUAAAGUUCAACAGCAGUUGCUGAAAUUGUAAAAAGCUGUAUUUAUGGUAAGUUUCCUGUCUUAAUGAAGAGCAACAGUGUCUCCUGACAGCCUUACUGGUCUUUCUGAAAAAAUGUGGAAUAGAUUUUUUCAUUCAGACCUCAAAUGAGCCACAAGCAUAAAAAUAUGGAAAUGAGCACUGAUUCAGUAUUUCAUGCCACCACUUGCACCCUAUCUCUCCCAUCAUGUAUCAGGGGAUAAGAGCAUGUUUCUAGGAGGCCCCUGUUGGGGCUUGACUACUGACGUGAAUGAGGUACCUCAUCCAGGCUCCAGAGGGCUGUGAAGUGGUGAAAGGCAGCGUUCCUACCCUCAGAGAACUGUCUUUAAUUAGCUAUGAGAAGCCCCAAGCCUUCUUUGUAAUUGGCUGUCUCACCUAGAGCUUCAUUAGUGUCAACUAGUGGAUGACUUGUUGUUUCUCUGACUCUGGGACACACCUGUUGCUCACCUGUGCCUAUGUUGUCUGGUCAAUGCCUUUAGGCGUCAUUAAGAAAGGCAACAAUACUCCCUGCACCCUGUAGCUGAGGAUAUAAUGAGUCAUCAGAGCACACACACACACACACACACACACACUGCCACUCACUCAUACAAACACACACACAUUCAGUGACUAUUGCCUGCACAUGGCUCCAGAAAAAACAAACAGUUGACAAUAAUGAACCUGAUGUAUAGCUCCUGUGAAACCAAAUUACAAAGUCUUUUAUGGUAAGAUUUUUUUUUUAUAUGGGUAACCUUCUGAAAUUAAGGACAAAAAGUAGGUACAUUGGACAACUUAGAUGAUAUCACAAAUGGGUAUCAGUCAGGGCGAUUUGGCAUAGCAUGUAAGUUGUAUGCCCCAGGUACAGAAACUAGUCCACAAAGCGACUGGCCUGGGUCCAACUGUUGACGUCUUGUUGUAUGUCCUUUUCUGCGUACCCUUCUAUAUUUAUUUCCCAUUGUGUGCAAAGAUGUAAAUCAUAGAGUAAAAUUAAAAUUGGUUGAGGUUUAAAUUCCUUUUUGGACAGACUUAGAAGGCAGACAAUUAAAUGAGCAGAUCUUUUCUUUUUUUGUUGUUUUGUUUUCCCCAGUAUCAGGUGGGAAACACACAUAGAUCUAAAUAGACCCAUAGAGAACAUUUUUAUCAUAAAUUUUUGACUUUAAGUAUUCUUGCUGUAAAAACCUUACAUUUGUUUUUCUGUCUCUCCAGGGCUCUUGCACAUGCCAAAUUCACAAAGUAAGUGAACCAGAGAUCAAAAACUGUUCAUGGACUUCAUGGCUUUAAAAACAACCUGAUAAUAAUUUAAUAAAUAUUUCUCUGUCCAUAUAGGGAACUGAAAUAUGUUAUUCAGAGGUUUGCAGAAGACCCUAGGCAGGAGGUGAGUGUUUUCGACCAAUAACAGCUCUCGAAUUACACAAAGGGCCUUCAGCACCUGUCCAACAGAAAACUCAUCUGUGUGUGUCCUCCAGGUCCACUCCUGCCUCCUGAGUGUGCGGUCAGGUAAAGACGGCUGGUUCCAGCUCUAUAGUCCAGGAGGGGUGGCCUGUGAUGAUGACGGAGAGCUGUUUGCCAGUAUGGUGAGCGUGUAGACACACACCAACAUACACACACACACACGUACUCACUCACAGCAUGAGUUAUUAAUGUGUGCUGCUGUUACAGCACUUAACCCUGCCCUCCUCUCUGUAUCGUCUGCAGGUUCAUAUCUUGAUGGGCUCCUGCUACAAGACCAAGAAGUUCCUGCUCUCUUUGGCUGAAAACAAGCUGGGUCCCUGCAUGCUGCUGGCUCUGCGUGGGAACCAGACCAUGGUGGAGGUUUGUGUGUUCCUUUUCAUUCUAUGAUCAACUCGUGUUAUCUUUUUUUCUGUUCUAUCAACAAAUAACACAGUUAGGGCUGGCUGAUAAAACAAUAAUGAUAUAUAUCAAAAAUUAAAUUCCCUCAAUAUCGAUAUAAAACAUGGUCAGCAUCCUUUUCGAUAGUCUGCAUUCUGCCAUGUUUUGUGUUGAAGUAUUUUGGUUUUUUGAGGUCGGACAUGGAGCAGAGUAAUGUGCACUGCAAAUUAUGUCGAGUACAUGUUCUCGCAAAGUCAGGGAAUACCUCAAAUCUUUUUCACCACCUGAAGCAGCGCCACGCGGCAGAGAAAGCGCAAUGCAUAAGGUUACAAACCCAGAGCGAAGCAAGGAGCUUUCUCUAGCACAGCGCCUUACAACAAAACAUCGAAGAGUCACAAAGACCUCACAGAUGCAGAAGCUUAUUGUAUUUCAAAAGACAUGCUACCAAUAAGCUCUGUUAAAUUUCAUUUUUUUAUACCCUGAUAUAUAUCGAUUUCGACUGAUAUGAAAAAAAUGUAUCGUGAUAAACUUUUUCCCAUAUCGCCCAGCCCUAAAUACAGUUAAUCUAGUUUAAGAAGGGUUUGUAUAAAGGGCUUGAAUAAAAGUUUUGGCUUUCUCUGAAAUUAAGUUAAAAGACGAGUAAAACUAUCUUUUAUUCCUGCAACUAAAAAAAUAAAGGAUAAGGGUUUGAAACAUUGACAAAAAAUAAAACAAUAUUCAUAGUGAAGAGACUGUAGAGGUGUUUCAUGCAAUGCAACUUCUUCCAUGUAUUCUUUUGGUAAAAACACCUUCAACUCACUCAGAUUAUAUGUAUAAUAUGUGUAGCCAUCACGCUACAGCCAAAUAACUCCGGUGAGACAACCUCAACAUGAGACCGUCGUUGUUAAUGCGAGUGCUUGUGUGUGUGCAGAUCCUGUGUCUGAUGCUGGAGUACAACAUCAGUGAGAACAAAGACACCCAGCUGCAGAUCAUCUCCACGCUGGAGAGCACCCAGGUGGGCCUGCGCAUGUACGAGCAGCUCUGCGACCGCCAGAGAGAGCUCAAAGAACUGGUGAGAUACUGCGCCAACACACACAAUCACACUCAUGCAAACACGCACACCCACACACAAACACAGAUUACUUUAUAAGGUACGCUAAAGGCUGAAGUUGAAGCUGUCUGACAUCCUGCAGUUCUCGCAGAUCUGAACCAAGAACAUCCCAUUCGGCUCAGCCCACAUGUCUGUCUGGUGGAGUCAAACCGAGUCACCAGUUUCUCAUUAUGAACAAAUUCUUGUGUCCUCAGUGACGCAUGUGAUCUAUUAGUCAAUUCACAAAUCCAAGACCCUGCUGACAGCCGCUGUUACCGGCGCCUAAGUCUGAGAACAGAUCAUGUACUGAAUGUAAUGAGAACUAAAGGAGGACACGGGGUCAGGGUCAUUUAAAAGAUUGAUGUGUCACUUUGAACGGCUCCAUUAUUGUUGUUCAGGAGCAGGAACAGAAAGCAGUGGUUUAAGUAGAUAAACUCCUCUUUGAAGGAGGAAUUAGUUUGCUCUUUUAUGUCCAUGUUUUUACCAAAUGUCUGCUAAUUGUUGUUUUUUGACAUUAAAGCAAGAACCUUUGCUGAAGGUUUGGAAUUCAUGCGAGCAGAUACCUAUGGAGAGAGACUCAGUUGCAGCAUAAAUCUGAUGCUUUUUUGAGGAAACAACAGCUGAUUGUUGUCACAUGCCUGGUCUAUUUGCAGGACUUUUAUAAAUGCAUCAUGUGAACUGCAGUUGCGUCAAAGCUUUUAGUCAAGUUUCUGACUGACAGACGUGGGUUUUGACCUGGGCCAAUGUGGGCCUCACAUGCCUCUUUAGUGAUCAUGAGAUGAUAUCACCAAGACUACAUCUAUGUUUUCUGCAGUUUUUGCUUUUACUGUAUCAUUCCCAAUCAGUUCUAUUCUGCAAAUAAUUAAAAGAUUUGAGAAACAGAUGCCCCAGUGUUUUCUGCGGUCAAUUAUUUCCGACCUCAAUGACCUAAACUAGCUCCAUCCAACUUUCACACCAAACUGAGCUGUUCAUUUAUGUGGUAAACUCAGUAAACUCCAACACUGGAGUGUGAAAACUUACCUGAGCUUGUCCAGAAAUGCUUGAACGUUGAAGCGGUAAAGAUGAGAGCAUUUACCGAGUGCAUCCCUCUCAGCUCGGUCUGCAUGCUUCACACGCUGAGUCACAUCCACUUGACUGUGUCUGCAGCUCUGAGCUGUUCAUGUAUAUGGGCUGACUGUCUCAGGAAAACACCACUGACUGACUUUACACAGAUUUGUAAACCCAUAUAUUCAGUGUGUAUUUUGUUCACUUGUUCAGCACAGGACUUGCUGCUAUGUCUGUCUUAUUUGCAUGUUGAUAUGAAAGUGAUGUACAUAGCUUGUUUAUAUAUAGAAUAGAGAUCAAUAGGAGUCCUGUUUUAGUGUGGAUUUUUGUGUGUUUUUACAGUCAAAACUACAUGUGGGAGUAUUUAUUUGUAUUAUUGAAAACUGUGAGUAUUUGGGCAUAAAUAACGCAGAAUUUACUCCAGUAAUAAGUCUCUCAGGCAUGAUAAUUCACAGCCUUUUAUAUCAACCUGAUUGAAAGUACAGUUUGAUCUGUUUUCAGAUUUUUGUCUCUGCGGUGUAAAUAGGGAAUAGAGACUUAAAUGGGAAAUUUUCUGUUAUUCUUUUGUGUGAGAGUGAAAUUACAUUUUAAAAUUGUUAUUCUGGUUUAAGUAAGUUGAAGGAUAGAAACACGUCCCACUUCCUCAGUAUGACCUGAAUGCGGCAUGUUUGUAGCUGCUCGCACACACCCCAUCUACAGUUUGAAAAUGUCCCUGCAAGCCAGUGAGCUCAGACGCCAUUUUUCUUUUUCUAUCUGUGUUCUCCUCAGCAAAGGAAAGGAGGCCCCACCCGGCUCACUCUGCCCUCCAAGUCUACGGUAAGAUCACAAUCCCCUCCACUUACAUAUGAUAAUUUCCCACUUUUCCUGUGCUCAAUUAAAGAAAAAGUUAGUUGUAAAUUCCUUUGAGUCGAUUAAGCACUUAAUGUUUUCCUCUUACCAUGUCUCAGGAUGCCGACCUGGCCCGGCUGUUGAGUUCGGGUUCUUUUGGAAACUUGGAGAACCUGAGCCUGGCCUUCACUAAUGUCACCAGUGCCUGUGCCGAGCAGCUCAUCAAGCUGCCUUCACUCAAACAGCUCAACCUCUGGUCCACACAGGUACACACCUAACAUUCCAACACACACAUACAAACAGGUGAUGUUGAAUGAUCCAGUCUGUGCUUACAGGAUGUCUAACAUGCUGUGAUCUUUUCCUCUCUUCAGUUUGGAGAUGCAGGCUUGAGGUUGUUAUCAGAGCAUCUGGCCUGUCUGCAGGUUUUGAACCUGUGUGAGACUCCCGUCACCGAUGCUGGUCUGCUGGCUCUCAGCUGUAAGAAAACAUACACAAUCAAUCACUUGCUUGUGCUCAAUGGAAUGCAGUUUUGUCUCGCAGAAACUAAGAGAAAUGAUUGAGUGCUUCAACUAAAAAAUUCAAAACUGCACAAAGUGAACAUGUUAACUGUCGGUGUGCAAAAUUGUGGAGGGUAAUUUCUACUUUUUUUGCCUUGUUUUUUUUUUAGCCAUGAAGAGUCUUUGCAGUCUGAAUAUGAACAGCACCAAGCUCACAGCUGACACAUAUCAGGACCUCAAGGUAAUACUGCAAGACCACUCAUUUCAACAUUUAAUAUCAGGUGUUAAAAUGCUAUUUUCCUCUAUCUGUUUUAACUGUAAUUCCAAUAUGGACUCUUAAAUUUGUCCUUUAUGUAUAAUCGGAAUUUCUGUUUUUAAAACUGCUUUUGAGUUUUUUAUUAUCAGAGAAAUUUCAACCUUUUUAAGAAAAUAGAAGUUUAAUAUCCUCUAUCCUGAGCUUGUUCAAACAGUAUAAUAUACAUGAUAGGGCAGUUGCAGUGGCUGUGAUCUAUGAAAAAUCAGCAUCAGCAUAUGGUAAUACUGUAAGUUUGUAACUAUGGUAUCUUCCUGUAGCAGCUCCUCGGCUCAGGAAUAACCAGCCGGAGAAAGUUAUAUAGGCUAACUCUAUUGAAGCACCCAAAUUCUGUGUUCAAAUGUACAAAUACUCCCAUUUAUUCUCCCGUGUAUUUUCUCUGCAGGCCAAACUGCCCAACCUGAAAGAUGUUGAUGUUCGGUACACAGAGGCUUGGUGAUCAGCCGCCCUCCCACACCCUUCAGACAUAUCUGGACACACAUGUAGACACCUGCUCACCCUGCAACCAGGCUCAGAUACACGACAACGCUAGGAUCACUAAAUGUAACCGGACGAUUGCCGACUCUGAGCCUUCAUCGGCCUCAGAGGUCAUCACCAACCCCAGUAGAGAAAUCCUCACCAGAGAGAAUUCAGUGACAGAAACACCUUUUUUCUAAACGAGACAUCUUUCUGGAUCCCUCCACCCCUUCUACUUCUGUCAACAAUGUUCAAGGACCUACUUUUUACCGACAUGAUCCGAGGACCUGCUAAAUUGAGACAAAAGGGACCCAUUUUUCUCUCUUUCUCUGUUUUCCUUCCCCCUGUUUUUAUAUGUGGUCUCCCAGUUUUCAUAUCCAGUCCAAAAUGAGUCCCCUCACUUACACUUCUCCCUGAAGCCUUUCCCUCUUUCUCUCAUGCGAUGAAGGCCAGAUACAGCAGCUCACAUUCCAGUUUGUCUCUGAUCUGAUCCACAAUGUAGCUUUUGAAAUACGGACACAUUUAACUGUUAAUCACUUCACUCUUUUGAUCUUUUUCUUCGGUUUUUUAGUUUUCACAUAUCCAAUCUUUCAUGGGGAAAAUGAGGUCCUACCUCAGAGAAAAGAAGAAUUGUGCCUAGUCCUCAUUCAUGACAUUGAAAAAAGGAGGAAAAAAAUGUUUUUAUCAACUUGAAUGAACAUAUUUUUCCAGACAUCUGUGCUUUCAUAUAUUGUAUGUUUCUGUAUAAAACAUAAAUGAAGAUAAUCCCCUAGUGAUAAGCGUUUCACCAUUUCAGGAGCUCUGCAGGAAAGCUUAACAGCAACAUUUGUUCUUCUUUCAUUUGUUUUCAGUGUACAUGAUCUCUUAAUACUCUUUAAUAGGACAGUUGUGUAGCAUUAGCUGGGUGGUCUGGGACCACCUGAUAUUUAUAAGUUGUGUCUUUUAAACCUCCUUUUAUGCUGUCUCCUCUGGAUUAAUCCUGACAGUAAUGAAGUACUUUCUUUUUGUAUCAACACAAGAAGCCACCGAGUAGGCUGCCCGAAAAAAACAAAACAAAAACCUGGAUCUCUGUGCAUCGUGCCAUAGUGGCAACUAUGACCUGCAAAGUGAAAUGCACCUGACAUGGACCUGAAACCAAGACCCAUCACCAGCUGAGAGUUGUAUAUUUUCAUACCUUCUGCUCUUUUUGGCUCUGUUUGAUGCUGUUUUUGGAAGGAAGAAGGGACACUUGCCAAACAUUGUCAUUUCAGUUUUGUGCACUUGUUUAAAGGAGGCCAAUGUGAGCGUGUUUUCGGUACUGAUUGGUGGAGCUACUUAUGACCUGCCUGUGGAGAAAGACUCUGACUCUGUUAGAAAUUCAUCACUGUCGAAGUGAAGAGUUGCAGUGCCUCUAGUGGAGCUGUGGAUGCGUUAAUUUUCUGUCUGUUUCACCACCUGUUUUGAAUUGUUCUGCUGUAUUUAUAUUAACGCCAUGAUACAUGGGCGACAUUUUUAGGCUGUAUGAGUAAUCCUCUUCAAUUUAUUGUACAUAUUUUGUCACAAUGGGCUAUAAAGGGACAAAAGAUUAGAGAAAAAAAAGGCCCCUCUAGGCCUUAUUUGCCCAUCUACAUUCCCUUCAAAUGUUGCCUGUUUGUUGUGGCAACAUUUCAUCUGAUGUGGUAACUGCCCCGACACACUGCAAGACUGUCAGAUCUUUCUGUUCCUCCCAGUUUAGAUGUGGUUCAGGUUUGUUUGUCUUGUUCCAGUGGCCCUUUAGAAAACACAAGACAGGUCCACCCUUUUCUCCAGUCGGUUUUGCUCCGACUGCAUCCAUCCAAUUUUUAUUUAUUCAUGUCCAGAAAGCUCCAGAUGUUUGAUGAAUCGAGGCAGACUCUGCAACAGAGGACAGGAUGCCGUCCACUAGAGACACUUUGUUUCCUAUUUAUUGGGUGCCAUGACAGUUUUCUGUCCGGGCUGUGGACUCGGUUCAUGUCUGGCCAACUUUAGGUCCAACUUUAGGACCUUGUGCUCUCUUUCAUAUCCUGUAUGGUGUAUAUACAAGUGUAUAUAGUCGUCUCCUCCCUCCUCUCUUUGAACCAUUUUUUCAAACCUUGCCCCCUUUUCUGUAUCUUCUCUCAGCCUCCUUUUAAUAGCAGGCUGGUGUUGCCUUCAUCUUACAGUAAUGUGUGUGGUUGUUUUGUUUUAUUUUUUUCACACAAAGUGCACUGUAAUCUAAAAAAAAAAAAGUUUUCAUAAUAUCAUUUGUUUCUUUAAUUUAAUCACUUUAAUCAAACAUUUCUGUGUUUUGUUUGUUUUAUUUUUUUGCAUGUACAUGUUGCUGCAUCAUAUUUUAUUUUGUAAUUUUUGUUUUAUAAAAGGUGUGAUAUUUGAUAAGGGGUCUGAUCACUAUCUUGUUAAAGUUAAGGACUGAAAUGGAGAGAUCCCAUCUAACUUUUGUCUGAUUGGUUGUUGCCAGGAUCUACCCGUGAAUCUUGAGAGAUCCCAUUGGUCGAAGCAGUCUGGGUUUGGUUAAUACUGUUUUACUAAAGAGCCAGUGGUAUUGCUGGUUCUUUGGACUGAAGCUGCCCCUAGCUGAGAUCUAAGCAUUUAAAAUUGACCACUUUCACUUUUUUUUUUUUUUUUAAGCAAACAUUAUUUGUUUUUUUCAAAAACUUUAUUCUAAUGUUGCCAGAUAAUCAUAUCAGAGGUGGACCACACUGACUGGCCUUUAUUAUUUUUAAGAGGUUUUAUACAUUCAAAUAUUGGUAAGUGAUUGAAGAGUUUUGUUGUAUCCCCAAUGUUUGAUAAUUAGUGUUUUAUAUUUAGGAUACUAGACUUACCCUCUGCUUUUAAGAGUUGAAUGAAAGACUGAUGUUAUUAGCUUGUCUGUCCACCUUGAGCCAAGCUGAAGUUAGCCUAGCCUAACAUAGAGAUUGGAAAUAAGAGAAAAAAGCCUGUGUGAGCCAAAGAGAUUCUCAAACCACACAAGUUUCAACAAUAUCAUCCCACAGUGAUGGCGAGACUCUAAAGGGUCUCUUCAACCUGCCAAGAAAUAAUUGGUCCAAACCAUAGGUUCCCUGAAUCUUUAUUUUGUUGAAUUUUGCAUUGAAAUUCAAGCAGCAAGAAGGUAACUCUUUCUUCCUUAGAAUUUAUUAAUGCUAAUUCGGUCAUUUGUUGCCAAUCUUUAUGCUAAGCUAAACUAAUAAGCAGCUUGCUGUAGCCUUACACUUCACAUGCAGACAUCAAAGUGGUAUCAGUCUUCUCAGCUAACUCUGCAUCAUAUUUAAAAAAAAAAAAAGAUAAAUGCUCCUUGAGAAGGGGGUCAGUCUUGGGAAAAUCUCUCUGUGAACUUACCCCACAGUUUUUAUGCCAUGAUGAGCUGCUGCUCAGCCAGCCUGGGGCCAGCAUGUACGCAGAGGUAACAAUGGAAGGUUUUUGUAUUACUGCAGAAAAUGUAAUGGUUGAAUAGAAGCACCUCCUCUGUUCUGUCAUGUCUCCGUAUCCUGUGGAGCUCACUGUGCUUUGCUUUCCAUCCCGAUUUCUCCCUCUCCUCUUUCACCCCUCUGAUAUUUUUUUUUAUAUCCCACACAAACUGUAAAGAGUUUCUAUCAUGUCCAAGUUGUGUACAGCUGUGCUCGAGUCUUAACAGUUGUUAUGGAAGGAAAAGGGUCAGAUGUGGCACAGCCUGACAAACCUAACAGACUGAAGCAAAACAUCUCCAUUUCCAUAAUUCUUUGUAGUAAAAUCUGCUUUGGCAGCUGGAAAAGGGGCACCCAUCAUGUUUUUCUCUCUUUUUCAGUCUUUCUCCGCAUUGAUCUGCUUCUCCUGCUGGGUUAUUAUUAUUGCUGCUGCUGCUGCUCUGUGGCUGUUGUAAUAAAAAUACAAAAGAUCUUCAACAGGAAAAUAACAACUAUGAUGUGAAAUAAUUUCAAUCAGAAAUAAAUUGUCUGUGAAUAUGUUUCA